AGCAGCAGCAGCAGCAGCACUGUGGCUUUGUCGUGGGCACGGAUAUGUAAAGAGUGUGGCCAGCAGCACGAGGGCCAGGACAGCCACCUGUACGAGUACCAGGAUGAGGUGGACGAUGAGCUGGUUUGCCACAUCUGUCUGCAGCCACUGCUCAGACCUAUGGACACCCCUUGUGGCCACACGUACUGUUUUCAUUGCUUGAGCAACUUUUUAAAAGAGCAGGACUUUUGCCCUGUGGACCGGCAGCAGUUGCAGUUACACCAGUGCCGUCCCUCCAGCCUGCUGGUCAGGAACCUGCUGGACAAGCUGACUGUGAUGUGCCCCAACUAUGCAGAGUGCCAGCAGCAGAUGCAGCGUGGUGAACUGCAGCCUCACCUACACAACAGAUGUCCUGUUUUUAGAAGACUAAGGGAGGAAGCAGAGAAAAGGAAGAGGCCUGCGUGGAAUGAAUUAAAGGGACGUAAAGGUGAUGGUGAGUCGUCUGGGGAUGCUAAACAUUCGGCAGCGCUUUCUCGAAAUCCCACCCGAGAUCAGCCUGAGCCUGGACUUAUAAAUCCUGCCUAUGAAGAAAGUGAGGAAGACAACACCCCCCUGCGAUGCAGCCUGGUGGCUGAGGCCACUGUGGUGGAGCUGCUGAGAGAGGAGCCGGAGGAGGAGCUGGGCUUUCGGAUCGUUGGAGGGAAAGACACACCGCUGGGGAACAUCGUCAUCCAGGAAGUUGUCCGGGACUCACUAGCAGCUCGUGAUGGCAGACUUGCCCCAGGGGACCAUAUCUUAGAGGUGAAUGACGUCAGUUUGGCUUCGGUCCCCCAUGCCUGCGCUGUCGCAGUGCUGCGGCAGCCCUCCAGCUCACCCCUCAGGCUCACUGUUAUGCAGGAGAAAGGUUUCAAAACAAGGGAUUUGCGGUCUGAUCAUCAGCCUUCCUCCACUGCCACCCAGUCCUCUCACAGUCCCCAUGGCAACACUACAUCCAGUCACAACCCUGGCACAGUCCUGCAGGUGAUGCUGAUGAAGAGCCAGCGUACCGAACCGCUUGGCAUCAAACUCAUCCGUAAAUCCGAUGAGUCUGGGGUUUUCAUCCUGGACCUGCUGGCUGGUGGUGUGGCAGCCAAAGAUGGAAAACUGAGGAACAAUGAUAAAGUGCUGGCCAUUAAUGGACAUGACCUGAGGCAUGGUACACCUGAGAGCGCUGCCCAGAUCAUACAGGUCAGUGAGAUGCGUGUGAACUUUGUGGUGAUGAGACCUGCAGAGACCCCGGAGGAAGGAGGAAGUAGUAGAGAGGGACAACAGAGCAGAGCAGCCAGGAGAGCAGCUGAGCAGCAGUACUUCCGGCGCCAUUCCACGUACAUGAAGGAUCCUCCCGGUGGGUUUUCCAGCCAGGAGAAGACGGUGAGCCUGAAGAAGGAGCCUCGGCUUUCCCUUGGCAUCACCAUUGCCGGAGGGCGGGACUGUCGCAGCCGCCUGCCCGUUUACAUCACAAGUGUGCAACCUGUUGGCUGUCUGCACCAAGAUGGCACCAUCAAAAGAGGUGACAUUCUGCUGAGCAUCAAUGGUGUUGAUCUGACCCAGCUGACCUACAGUGAGGCUGUUUCCGUGCUAAAGGCUCAGACAGCUCAAUCUCAGGUGGUGCUCCGUGUCAUCCAGACCCUCUCCGAGGACUCUGAGGAGGACAACGAGGCUGCCAACAAGGAUGAACUGGACCCUGUGGACAACCCACGAGAUGACACCCCACUGUGGACUCGGUGGCUGGGAUUACCGAGCCAUAUGCAUUGGUGCCGUGACAUCGUCCUGCAAAAGACCAACAACGAGAGCUGGGGCUUCAGUAUUGUCGGGGGUUAUGAGGAGAGCCACGGCCAACAGCCUUUCUUCAUCAAAACCAUUGUGCCUGGUACACCUGCUCACUUUGACGGACGCCUCAAGUGCGGUGACGAGAUAGUGGCUGUGAAUGGAGCCACAACAGUGGGAAUGAACAAUUCCUCUCUCAUCCCUAUGCUCAAGCUGCAGAAGAACAAAGUCACGCUGACGGUGGUGUCCUGGCCUGGCAGUCUAGUAUAGCAAAACAUUUAAUCUCGUUUCCUUCUCACAAACACACACAUACCUUGUUCUGUUCAGCUGCAUUCAUCAUUGCCCCUUCCAUAUGAAAGUCUUUCUUUUAAAUUACAUUCUUGUUAGGGCUUUUCAGUUACACAAUACUGGAACAUGUACACACAAACCAUCUUGUGUAAUAGAAAUGACUUUCACGGGUAUAAUCUCAGCUGGUAUCUGGUUGUCUGUGUUUGGUGCACUCGCUGGAACACAUGACAGUGAACAAACACACUGUCAGUCAAGGGGCAAACAUGAUGACAAUCACUGAAUUAUUUGCUGAGUACAAACUGGAAGGAUUGCUUUCUCUGGACCACCUUUUUAAUCCUCUCCUAAAGCUUUAUGUAUAUAUAGAUAUUUUGCUUGCCUGUUUAAUGAUGUUAUCUUUUGGUAGUCCUAUUCAAAUGAUUCACAUAAACAGCAUCCAAAGAUGAAAUGUAGUACUUGGUUUAUGUAGAAAGUUGUAAAGAUGAAUUAUAGAUGACUACAAAAUGGCUGCUGAUAGUAUAGAUGCCAGACAUUAAAAUCAGGAGAGGAUGAUUUUUCUAACUAUUGACAUUGCACUUACAAAAUGCGCAGUGUGAUUAAGUCAUUUUGGAAAUUCAAGUAAAUAAGAUCAACAGCUCCGGCCUCAUUGUAUUAGAAGAAGAGCCGAUCCUACUUAGGCCACAAAAGCAAUCAGUGAAAUCUCUACUUAACAGGAAACCUGCAAAGAUCAUUUCCUUUAAGUUUCCUGUUUGCUUUUGAUUUUAGCAAAUGCCACAACAGGAAAACCUGGACGCAUUUAUGUUGUUGUUUAAAACUGUGAGCUGGUUUGUUGAAGCAAAUAAUCAAUCAUAAGAUGAGGAAUAAGUGAUACAUGCCUGUCUACCACUCCUCUGUAUGUAUUUUCAAACGGUUCAUAGUGAAUGGCUUUGAUAAGUGGUGUGCCUUCAAGGACAAACUACUUGCCUUAAAUUGCCACUGUACCUAAAUGUUUCCGCUUGUUAUUUCCUCUCAUUAUUACUGAAGACGAUUAGGCCCGCUGUACAAAACUUGAAGUUCUGUUUUCUACAAAUUCAGAUUUUAAACUCAAACUUUGAAUUCUGAGGAAAGGCAAGAGCUCCCCAUUAUUUUCAAUUAAAGCCCACACACCGGUGGCUUGAUACUCGUCAGCACUUCAGAAUACGCUCGUCCCAUUUUCCCGGCGUCAACGCAAAGUAUAAAACACCGAAGUACUCACCCUUUUUUGUUAGUCCCGCACUAGAUUUGUGCCACUCUCGGUACAUGUUACAGGAGUCACGUGAGCUGCAACACAACACCCCCUCAGUGUGUGUUGCUUUUCAGAAUCUGACUCUAAAGUCAAAAUUCUGAGGGAAAAAAAAAAAGAAGUUUUGUACAGUGACCCCAGUCCUCUUUCAUACAUUAUAUACUGUAUAAUGCUUACAUGGACUCAGACAAAUUGCCUUGUCCAGUAAACUUCCUUGUUCCGGGAGGCCUUUCUUUUAUCUUUAUACAAGAACAAUUUAGAAUAUUGUCUCAUAACUUGUUUUCAAGUCAGAGUGGCUAUGAAAUAUUAGUUAUAUAUGUACUGGCCCACCCACUUUUCUAUUAUGUCAAAUAAAAUUGUAACAAAUCAUGAUUUCCUCAAGUUUAUCUGGUGUUUAAAUGCAUUUGUCAUAGUCUUAAAGUGUCAUGAUGGAUAAAGGCAUUUUGUCAAGAUCGUGGGAAUUUAGAAAAGGCUUUUCUUUGGUGGGGGUUUAAACUCAAAGAACAUCCAGGCUCCCUGAAUUUUCAGCAAGUACAAAAAGUGAAUCUCAGAUAUUUCAUCUUACAGCUGUGUCGGGGGGG